UAUGUUCUGCGUCAUCGUUUCCCAGCCAAUCGCAUAGCGACGUCGACAUACGGGGCGUCCAAGAGGCAAACCCUGCAAACAUGGCGACACUCCGAAUAGAGUACAAGGAUUGGAAAUACGACCGUUUUUAACUGAGAAAAUAACCUGUUCGAAUGUUACAAUGAGGUGGGGUUAGCCAGAGCCACCGCACACACAGCCUUUUCGACGAUGUUUGCAGAGGAUCAUAAGGGGCUCCAUACAUGAAAAGAGCUCAAAAUAUCUUCUACUGUUUAGCUCACAAACGUGGAUGAAUGCUGGCAGAGGCCAGUCUGUCCAUCUGGGGAUGGGGGGGUCUUGGAGUUGUGCUGUUCCUCGUCACCUUUGGACCCUUUGCCAUAUGCUACCUGGCCUUUUAUAUCUUCUGCUUCAUUGGAGGAGGCUUUGCGGUUACUCUGCUCUAUGGAAAGAUCAACUCCGAGAAACACCUGGAAAAGUGCGAGCACUCUUAUUUGCCACCCACACAAAUUGGUAUACUAAAGACUUUGGAUGAGAUGAAGCUGGAGAUUAAACCAGUGAAGAUUGACAGGAGACUGACUGGCUCCAGUUUCAUAGAUGAACCACUACAACAGGUGAUCCAGUUUGCUCUGAGAGACUACAUCCAAUAUUGGUACUACACUCUGAGCGACGAUGAGUCCUUUUUAUUGGAGAUCAGACAGACACUGCAGAAUGCCCUGGUCCAGUUCUCCACACGGUCCAAAGACGUGGACUGGCAGCCUUACUUUACCACUCGCCUGGUGGACGACUUUGCCACCCAUUUACGUGUUUUUAGAAAAGCCCAGGAUCGUCUCACCGACAGAGAGGACAAGCAGGGGGACAUAACAGAGGAGAUGAUAGACUCGUUCUUUGAGGCCGAGGUGGAGAUGGAAAGGAAGAUUUGUCGAGACGUGGUGUGCACUUCACGCAAAGACGAAGAAGGUUUUCUUCGGGACUUGUGCGAGCUGCUUCUGUAUCUAUUGCUACCUUCUGGAGAUUUCCACAACAAAAACAUGCGAUACUUCCUAAGGGAGGUGCUGGCACGCGGUGUGCUGCUUCCUCUGAUCAACCAGCUGAGCGACCCAGACUAUAUCAACCAGUUUGUUAUCUGGAUGAUUAGGGACUCCAGCUGUAACUAUGAAGCCUUCAUGAACAUCCUGAAGUUGACGGACAAGCCUACUGAGCUGGAGGCCGUCAAAGACAAGGUGCUGGAGGAGCUGCAGUACCUCCGCUCCCUCGACACUGCCGGAGAUGACAUCAAUGUGAUCAAGAACCAGAUUAACAGUCUUAUGUUUGUGAAGAAGGUGUGUGAGACCAGGAUCCAGAGGCUACAGUCUGGCAAGGAGGUGGAUGCCUUAAAGCUGGCAGCUAACUUGGGCAAGCUGUGUGUUAUCCCACUGGAUCACAUCCUUGUGCACAACAUAGCGCUGCAGUUCUUCAUGGACUUCAUGCUGGCAGCCGGGGCUCAGGCAGAGCUGUUUUUCUGGCUCACCGUGGAGGGCUACAGGGUGACUGCACAGCAGCAGCUGAAGGCCAUGCAGGGCUGGCAGAAAGACGGUAAGAAGCAGCCCAGCACCACCAAAGGCCUGCUGAAGGCCGCUGCCCUGGGGAUCUACGAACAGUACCUCUCUGACAAGGCGUCUCCCAGUGUACAGGUGGACGAGGCAUCAGUAACAAAACUGGGGGAGAAGCUGCAGAAAGAUGAUCCCACACCAGAGAUAUUUGAUGAAGUGCAGAGAAAAGUGUACAACAUGAUGCUACGGGAUGAGCGCUACUACCCCUCUUUCAAGCAGAGUCCUCUCUAUGUUCGCAUGUUAGCAGAGCUGGACAUGUUGAAAGAGCCGAGCUACCGGGGAUCUGAGGAUGGUGACGUAGAAUCAUUUAAUGGCUCUCCUACAGGAAGCCUAAACCUAUCUUUGGAUGACCUAUCCAGCUCGUGCCACGAUGAACCUAUGCACCUACAUGCCUUCAUCUCUGACACAGGUGUUUGCAAUGACCACGGCAAGACCUACGCGCUGUAUGCCAUCACUGUGUUCAGACGCAACCAGGACGGCAGCGAGGAUUGCUGGAAAACCUACCGCCGCUAUUCGGACUUCCACGACUUCCAUAUGAGAGUCACUGAGCAGUUUGAGAACCUGGCAUCAAUCCUCAAGCUGCCAGGAAAAAAGACCUUCAAUAAUAUGGACAGAGACUUCUUGGAGAAGAGAAAAAAAGACCUCAAUGCUUACUUACAGUUGCUGCUGACCCCAGAGAUGGUGACGGCCUGCCCUACUCUGAUUCCUUAUAUCUAUGAUUUCCUCGAAAACAAGGCCUACAACAAGGGCAAGGGAGAGUUUGCACGAAAGAUAGACACAUUUGUAAAUCCUCUGAGAAGUUCCAUGAGGAACGUGUCCAACGCAGUGAAAGCCCUGCCAGACAGUCUGGCUGAAGGGAUGACCAAGGUCUCUGACAACAUGGGGCGCAUGUCGGAAAGACUGGGCCAGGACAUCAAACAGUCCAUAUUGAAGGUGCCUCCACUCCUCCCCAAGUCUGACAUUGACCCUGAACACUGCCGAGUCUCCGCCCAGCUUGAUGACAAUGUGGAUGAUAACAUCCCACUGAGGGUGAUGCUGCUGCUGAUGGAUGAGGUGUUUGACCUUAAGGAGAAGAACCAGUGGCUGCGCAGGAACAUUAAGAACCUGCUGCAGCAACUCAUCAGGGCCACAUAUGGAGACACUAUCAACAGAAAAAUUGUGGAUCACGUGGACUACUUGACCUCACCAGAGCAGGUGGCAGACUACGUCAAGAAGUUCAGGGAUUCGUACUGGCCCAACGGUAUUCUGGCUGAGACGCCGCCCCUUCGGGACAAGAGCAUCCGCAUGAGGACACAAGUAGCUGCCAAGACCAGCCUGCUAGGCAUUAUGCCAGAUGAGCUGAAGCACAUCAUUGGAGCAGAGACCACCAGAAAGGGCAUCCUGCGGGUCUUCGAGAUGUUUCAGUACCAACCCAUGAACCGUCGGCUAGUCUAUGUUUUCCUGGAGGGCUUCCUGGAGACAAUGUUCCCCCAGUACAAAUUCCCUGAGCUCUUUGUCAAGCUGCACUCCCACUCGCCACGCAUCUACAAAUACAGCCAGAAACUCAAAUCGUCCUCUCUUAAGAGGUGACAGGAGAGGACAGAGGCAACAGGACACGGGCCAACUAGACACACACAGACUUGAGAGCUAAUGGGUGGGGGGAGCCUUGACAUGAGCGCUGUGUGUGAUUUUUCAAUCGGUGAAAACACUCCAGUUGAAUGUUUCUGUCAAGACAGAACUGAAGAACGAACACCACACACAAGCCCAAAUACAAAUCCUGUCAUUUGCACAAAGACUGAACAUGGCAGUCGUUUACAUUGUAUCACUUCCCCUUCUUUUUUUUUUUUUUUUAGACGUUUUAGUUGUGUUUAGCUUUAUCCUGGACUAGUCGGUCCUUCUUUCUCCUGGUCCAGAGAGCAGACCACAGAUACUGUAUUGUUUUUAAACUGCAGGAGAACAUAGCAUAGACACUUUGCCUUACCUUCCUGCUUCUGUCUUUUGGCCAGUCUGCCAUCUCUAAUCUGGCCCUUCAGCUGUAGGCAAACUCACCCUCAUGCUGUAGACAUGUGAAAGCUGCACACUUGUAAAGAUGCAACAAUAUUGUGUUUUCAAAGCAACCAAAUAUGUCAGUAGCACUGGGUCAAAGAGGCGCUGUUUUUAAAAUGUGACUGAACAAAUAUGGGUCGAAAAGAAUGUUUUAUUUUUAUCAUCAGCAUUUUUCUUUCAGUGCUUCUCUUGAAAUGUGAUCUCUUUUUCUUUCCAAAGUGUUACAUCACCUGUACCAUGCACGAGAAUAGGCUAUAUCCCCUUUAAUGCUACUGUCAUAACCUGUGACGACCAAAUCUCAGACUGUUCAUAGCUGUGUGCGUCCUGGUUUGAUGUUGGGAUACAGUGUUGACCUUCACUGUUUGUCACAGUUGUGGGAGGCUCCGCUCUGGCUGUCCACGCCUUCUAUCAGUGAAUGUACUCUCACGUUUGUGUAGAAUUUUGUGUGAAUGGGUCUGUGUGUAUGCUUGUCUUUAGCAUGCAGAUGCAGCCCUCUUCAGUCAGAAACUGUGCCAGUAUGAGCUAGUGAACCAGCCUUAAAACUACAUACAGUAUGUUCUGACCAAGAGCCACACACUAGACGUCACUUUCCUUCACACGACUGAACGUUGCAAGGAAAUCAAGAUAGAGAGGUAUAUCCCAAAUCACUUUCAUUCAGACGAUGUCUCUGAUUUUGUGCAAUAUUUAUUUAUUAAUGCAUGUGCAUUUUGAAUCAUUCAAAAAAAAAAGAAUCAUUGUUUUACCAGUGGAAAACAUGAAUCCCCAGAUAUCUCUUCUUAUCCCAACAACUUAUCAUUCCAUUGUUGUAACAUCGUUUAUUUUACAGACUUGUUUUAUAAGUCUGACUUUUUUGUUUUGUUUUGGGUAAUGUGAGUAGAUGUUUUUCCCACCUGUUCCAUGCCCACACAUAGAGAAUCGGUGUUCUGAGUGUCGAUCGGCUGGCGUUUUCUGUCGCCACCUGACAACGACCAUGACAAGUUCAUUGGGCUAUAGGUCAUUCAGAAGUGGCCUCGAACAACUCCUUCGUUUUAACAGAGUGGCAUUUUAUGCAUUCAGACCUGUCCUGUUGAGUAUGAACAGAUCCUUGUUGUUAUGAACUUGCAGCAGGAGCCCCCCCCCCAUCCCCUCAUGUCCAGUACAGCUGUGUCCAGUGACCAAUGGAAUCACUGCUAAUGAGCACUUAGUAGCAACUAUGGGAGGGCCUCUCCCAUUGGCUGGCCCAAUUCUGCUGCUGUCAGUGGAUGGAACUCCCUUGUCUGCUGUGAUUUGCUUGCACUGAGCAACCCUGGUGGACACUGCUUGGCUGAGUGGGAGGACAUGAACUGGAGCCUCUCUUACUGGAGGUGAAUAUUUUGUCCCCAUGGUGGAGGAGGAGAUGACACCUUUAACUUUCUGCACACCUCUCCAUACAGGAAGGCUUGUCUUAUUUUUUUUUUCUUUUUUUUUUACCCCAGUAUAUAUGAAUCUGGUAAGAU